CAGCAGGAUUUCUUCUUCGACCUGCUCAAUGCAAGCUCGACACGCAGAGACGCCAAACAAUACCUGGCCCGCUUCAAGCCCUCCCCCGACAGCAAGCCUGAGAAGCCACCCAGCAUACAUGAUGCAACCGAGACAAAGCAACAGUGGCAGCUCCAGAGAUCUGGCGUCAACCUGGGCCAACUAUAUCUCCCCACCCAAGCCGCCGCUGCCACGCCGACCUUUUCCCAACACGUUGAGCAAGAAACCCAAGUUCAACAAGGCGCUGGAGAAAUCCACGUUGCACUCGUCUGUCUGAGGGCCCCUCAUCUGAUUGAUGACGAGACUCUUGACGGCAUCGCCUUGACAAUGGCACAACUAGUCCGUCUCGACAUGCAGAUUGUCGUCGUACUCAACUGCGAGCACGAGGUCACGCAAAGGAACGAGUCAUACAAGGACACAUACCGCCGCCAGGGUGCCAGAAUCGUCGCUGCAUUGGAGCGUCAUAACAAUGCGGGUGCGCGUUAUGUCGACUCUGCUCUCAAUGUCACGAGCCAGGAGCCACUGCCACCCUCACGUCCCAAAGUCAUGGGUGCCGUCGAACUCGGUAUACCCAAACUCAUUACAGAGCCACUAAAGCGAAGCGCUAUCCCCGUCAUCCCCGCCAUAGCCUAUGACUCGACCUGCAAGGUGCAAAAUGUCUCUGUCAGCAGUGUCAUGCUAGCCCUGACCCGCGCCCUAUCUGGUCUGGCUGCUGUGGCAGAUUCAGGACAUGAGCCACUUGAGGAUACCUCAGUAGACAGAAUCAUCAUGCUUGAUCCUCUGGGCGGUUUACCCACCGAGACUCGACAAGAUAAGGCUCAUGUCUUUGUCAACCUCGAGCAGGAAUACGGCAUGAUUCGUGACGAGAUCGAGUCCUGUGGCAUGAGCCCUCAUCAUCUAGACACCCUCAGUCUGGUUCGGGACUGUCUGGCUCUGCUCCCCCCUGCAUCGUCGGCCUUGCUCAUAUCUCCCGAAGAAGCUGCCGUUUCUUCGCACCACUCUCGUAAAGAUCCGGCCAUUGGCAUCACAACCCGACGACAAAAGAAUCCCCUGAUCCACAAUCUGCUCACCAACAAACCCCUCAUUUCUUCCUCUCUACCUGCCGCCCGCCUCUCAGCCAAUGGUACGGUCCCUGGCGCCUCUUCGGAGGAUGUCACCCGCUCCACACUGGUGAAACGAGGUAUGCCUCUGAUGAUCGUUCCUGAUCUCCGAAACACACCCUGGACCCCACCCAAGCCUGGCGAGCCUACCAUUGCCCUAGACAACCAUCCAGACAUCAACUUCCCCCGUCUUGUUGCCUUGAUCGAGGACUCCUUCCGCAGACCUCUCGAUGCCAAACACUACCUUGAGCGCAUCAAGAACCGUGUAGCCGGCGUCAUCAUUGCGGGAGAAUAUGAAGGUGGUGCCAUCUUGACCUGGGAAGAACCGCGAACACCCGCUCCCAAGCAGGCAGGGGCCAACUCUGAUCCUCAACGAUUGGUACCAUACCUCGACAAAUUCGCCGUGCUCCAACGCUCCCAGGGCAGUUCUGGAGUUGCGGAUAUCGUGUUCCAGGCCAUGGUGCGCAGUUGCUUCCCCAAUGGCGUUUGCUGGCGAUCACGCUCCAACAACCCCGUCAACAAGUGGUACUUUGAGCGGUCGAGGGGAACCUGGCAUCUGCAGGAUACACAGUGGACCAUGUUCUGGACGAACCCGGACUUGGUGGCUGACCAGCGGCGUUGGGAAGAGUACGUGUCGGUAUGUAGGAACAUCGAACCCAGCUGGGCGAACAACAAAGCAAAGCCUGAUUAA